CAUGGACAAUUUUUUUUCAAAUUUCCAACUGGACAACAAAUUCACCUUAUUCUUCUUCCAACGAACAAACGGUCCAAAACACCUAUCCAUUUCCUGUGUCUACCCCAAACGUCCACUCCAAAACCACCUGCCCCAGGUCACGCAUCAAAGGUCACCACUUUCUUCAGCUCAACGUCCAAAACGCUGAUCCCGCGUUUCUGGUCCUCCGCGCGCCCGGAUCGCGAAGAAUCGGACCGAAGGUGGACCAGUGGCUGCUCGCGGGUGGGGGGAGAAGUCGACCAGACUCUUGAUCGUGUGUACCUUUACUUUGGCGAAACGGUGUCAAGAAACGGAACGCGGUUGAAGGAAAAGGUUGCUUGCAGUCUGUUUCCGAUAGUCGCGACAGAAGGUGACAACGUGCUGGAUACGAGUGCAUAUCCACGAGUGUUAGAACGAUGUGAAGAGAUUGGCGGGUUUCAUCAAAAGCAGACAUCAAGAUGCCAUCAGAAUCAUCGCUGAGCAGCACAAGUAGCAGUACGAGAGAUUUCAAAAGGGCGCAUAGAAGAUCCAUGCUCUCCACAGGAUCGGACAUCCAGUUCACAAGAAAGAAACUCACCCACCAGUACAAACUAGGAUGUAUCAUCAUAGCCAUAUUUCUCAUUUUACUUCUUUUCGCUGCUGGGGCAGUCUAUGUUGGCUUUAGUUACUAUGCUGAGCAGCUUCCUGGACCACUUGUAUAUAGAGGAACCUUCAGAAUAACAGAUGGAGAUGUGUACACAAACGAACUGGCUGAUCCCAGUAGCAGAAAGUUCAAGACAAGAUCGAGAGAUUACAGAGAAAGACUGAACCUGCUCUACAGAAGAAGUCCCAUAAGGCAUGGUUUUGGAGGUUCCGAGAUAUUGGCCCUCGAUGGGAUAGAAAACAAGGACCUGGUGAUCCACUUCACCCUAAACGUAGACCCAGUCUACAUAAAAGAGGUCGACGAAGACCUCCUCGAGAACAUCAUCCUCGAGGACAUAAGACAAGGCGACAGCAUCGUCUUCAAGGACGUUAAGAUCGAAGAGGCCAGCGUCAACAUAAGACCAAACGGGGAGAUCACCAACACCACGCCACCUUCGACUGUGGCCUUCGUAGAGACCACCACGCAGCCUGUGAGACCUCCAAGGGAAUGCGUGCAGACUACGCUUCCCUACUGCUCGAAGAUGAGCUACAGGACUACCUCCUACCCGAACAUCUUCGAGCACGAGAGCGUGGAAGACGUGGACAGGAACAUCAUACCGUUCAGGGAGCUGGUGGAUGCCGAGUGUUACAACCAUACCUACCAGUUCGUGUGUAAUGUCUUGCAGCCGUAUUGUUUGAAGACUGAUGUGAGCAUAUUGCCUUGCAGGAGCUUUUGUAGGUAUUUUAUGGCAGGGUGUGGUAGUAGGCUGCCGGAGGACUUGAGGCAGAGGCUGGAUUGCAGCAAUUUUGUGGAGUAUGAGGGUGACAAUUGUCUUAUUGAACCUGAUUGCGGAGUCCAGAAGCUCCAAAACACCCAGAUCUUCACCAAGACCGCCAACAUAGGCGACUGGCCCUGGCACGUGGUCCUCUUCAAAGACCACGUGCACAUCUGCGACGGUACCCUCAUAUCCCCCAGCUGGGUAGCCACCACGUCCUCCUGCUUCCAAGGUCAACCCAAGGCCGAGUGGGUGGCCAGGCUGGGUUCAGUCCGUCUGUCCCUGACCCACCCCUCUGUGGUGGAGAGGCGGGUGAUCGGGUUGGUGAAAUCGCCGGUGGAGGGCAGCACCAUAGCGCUGGUGAAGCUGGACCGGCCGGUGAUGAUCACGGAGAACGUGAGGCCCAUCUGUUUGCCCAAGAGGGAGACGGAGAUGUCGGAGACCAGCGAGUGUAAUACGGUAGGGUGGUCCAGGGAUACGGAGCAGCUGAAGAGGAUCCAGGUGAGGGUGACGUCGAUGAGGAAGUGCGAGAAUAUUAGUAUCUCCAGCAUGAACAGCGUCUGCGCAGAGGUGGCGUAUGGGCAGGAGAAUUGUCACGAGGAAGAAUUCGCCGGUAGCCCCGUGAUGUGCGUAAAUCCAACUACUUCAACUUGGAGUAUAGUCGGAAUAACAAACUGGAAGAUAGCCUGUUCAAGAAACGGCAUGGUCAGACCGAGAAUGUACGACAAAAUUUCAUCGAAUAUCAACUGGAUCCAGGACACCCUGAAUUCGGACGAGUACAAAAACGACGAUAUAUAAAAUGCGAGGAAAAAACCUCUACCUUGUGAAUAUUGACUGUUUUAUUUUAUUUUUAUUUUUUGUACAUAAAUUUUAUUUUACGUGAAUUUUCUAUUUUAUUGUUAAUUAUUCGUGUAACUACUCACUGGUUACCAAAUAAAAUGAGAUUAC